AUGCUAUAUGGGAUUACAAAGGCAGCAUGCUCAUUCCCAUCGAAUGUAUUUUGGGUUGGCCUUUUAUCUCCUUUAACAGGUGUAUUAAUUUCAACUGGCUGUCUAUUAGUUGAUGGAGAUCUUCCGGAAGGAAUUAUACCCACAAAAUCAGCUAUAUUACUAUCUGAUUACUAUUGGAUUGUUAUUCUUUUUGAUAUUUUUCAAAUUAUUUCGCACGUUAGGAUUCACUUCAUGGUUCAAAGAUAUUACAAACAUAUGAUUUACAAUGCAGCUCCUAAAGCAAAAUUACUCGCUUCAAAAUAUCUGAAAUUCGAAUUUGUUUCCGUAAUUUUUCUCACAAUUAGCCAUAUUACACUCCUAAUAUCAAAUCCAAACAGUCUUAGUACUAUUCACUAUGCUUCAUUGAUUAUUUACAAUAUUAGCUUCUAUAUUUUCUCGACUAUGUUAAACAAACUGAAUUACAUCAAACAAGGAGAAAUCAACGCACCAGGUUUCUUCCUCGACUAUAUAAUAUUGUUUGGAACAAUAAUUAUUUUCCCUAUUUACAUUUAUUAUAUAAUCCAAGAAAAUAUGAUGGAUAUGAUCUUUCUAAUGCUUGCCCUUUUCGCAAAUGUUAUCUAUUUCAUGAUGGAUUUGAAAUACAUCUUUUUCGCAUUGAUUAUAUUGCAAGAUAAGUUUUUAGCAAAUCCUUAUGAAACUCUAAUCGAUUCUCAUAUUAAAUAA